GCUUACUCGGUUAGUCAGUCGGUCGGUCAGUCGCUGCGAUGGAGCUGCGCGAGAUGAAGGUGACGACGGAGGAGGAAACCGCGGAACUUUUGCCGUCGCAGCGGGACGACGACGACGAGAGUUAUUUCAUCGAGUACGCGAUACAGAAGGAAAUAAUAAACCGAAACCGAUGUACCGCAAGUCGACGGCUCCUCGGGCAAACCGCGUACCUGGAUCUUAGCGUAAACAACACCAAUCACCAGAGCAAGAAAGAGUCACCCUGUGCGGGGAUCAGUUUCAUCCAUGGUUCCGGGCCCAAUUGGCCACCCUCUCGGAAACGCGAGGAGGCUAAGGCCCUGGAAAACCUUAGAAAGAGGGUCGAACAAUCCAAGCUCUUCAAGGCGAACCAGGUCUCGGAUCCCGGAGGGCCGUCUUCAACGUCCGCAAGACAAAACAACGACGAAGUACAGCAGCUGGAUAACCGGCCCCAACUUUUCAAAAAAAUACUGAGUAACAGGCCAAUGAGCAUUGCUCAUGACAGCAGUGAUCUUGAAACGGACUGGCGUGACAGCGAAUUUAUUACGGAAUGUCUUUGCUGGCACAACGUGUAUCGGCAGAGGCACGCCGCACCGCCACUUACCAUGUCACCUCAGCUGUGCGAAUAUGCGCAAACUUGGGCGAACCAUCUGGCGCAUACGAACACAUUCUACUAUCGAAAUGACCGAGACGUGGGUCAGAACCUCUACUGCAGACCGGGUGGUGCUGUCACCUGCGAUGUUGCCGGUCAGGAAGUCGCUGCUUAUUGGUAUUCUGCCGUCAGGCAGUACGACUUUCUCAAGGAGCCUGACGUACUUCAUGCCAACGUGAACGCAGGUCACUUCACGCAGCUGAUAUGGGCAAACAGCAGACACUUUGGAGUGGGCAAGGCGCGCAGUCGUAGCGGGAAGAUCAUCGUCGUCGCGAAUUACCAGCCGGUGGGAAACAUUUCUGGUCAAUUCCAGAUGAACGUUCUGCCGCCGAUACCCGACUGCGCCAACCUGCCGCUGCCGCCGCCGCCCAGGGUGCGUCAGUACGAGACGCCGAUGUCCGACGUGUCGACAAGCAGCAACAGCUCCAUCAGCACGCAAUAAUACAAACAAAACGACUGCCUCUUUUGCGUAUGCGCCCGUUGGAUUUCAGCGGGUGCGGACCGACUCGUCAGUGCGUUUUAUCUGAGAAAUAAUCGGCACAUGCACGAUUUACACGGUGAAACGUGAAGAGAUACUCCAAGCUUUUGCUUACCU